CUGGCGUUGGUUGCUAUGGUGCCGUGAGGGACCCGCCGCGAUGGCGCUGUCUGCGCCGCCCCCCGCCCGCGUCUUCGCCGAGCUCGUCCCGGCCCAGGCUCAGGCCUCGGCCCCGGCGGGAUGCGGCGGCCCCCCGGUGCCGUCCGGACGGGAGGUGCACGUGAGCGGCAGCGCGGAGCUGAGCGCCGCACCGGACCGGGCGCGGGUGUCGCUGCGACUGGGCAGCCGGAAAGAUGCGGCCGGAGCGGCGCGGAGCAGCGUGGCCCGCCGGCUGGAGUACCUCGUCCAGAGCGCCCGCCAGCGCGGCGUCCCGGAAGAAAAUAUGACUGUGACAGAGGAUUUUAGUAGACUAGAAAAUACUUACCAAAUGGAAGCAGAGGUCUGUAUCAUAUUCAGCGAUUUUGGAAAAAUGCAGAAUGUUUGCAAUCUGCUCAUUGAAAAGUUGGGAACCUCUGUUACCAUCGGUCCACCUCAUUUCUACCAUACACCAGAAGCCAUAGACACCCUUCGCCGUCAAGUAUGCGUUGCUGCUGUUGCAAACACACGGCAAAAAGCUCAAGAAGUCUGUCGACUAUUUGGCCAGUCAUUGGGAAAACCUUUAUUAAUAAGAGAAGAAGAAACAAAAGAAUGGGGAGGCCACAUAGACAGUCAGCUAUUGAACUCCCCAGAUUCACUGACUCUGCAGGAAAGAAUCCAGAAUGCUACCGUGUAUGCUUCUUGUAGAGUCUUUGCUGUGUUUGAGAUAAAGGGAAAAGAAAACAGAAGAAACAAGUUGCUCUAGAAGCUUUCAAAUCCUACACGUUUUUUAAUAAAUUUUUUAAUUCUUACUUGAAUGUUUUGGUGUUGUUUUUUACUUUAUUCUUAUGCUAGCAAGUAGAGUUAAAAGGGAGGAUAUUAAGAAUGCGAUUUAUGUACUGAGCCAAAGUAGAUGAUUUUCUUAACAUGUCUAUCCAGGUGUAAAAAAUUAGAUUUACCAGAGUUUUAUGUCACUCAAAACUCUUCCUUUGCACGUAUCAUUUGAAAGCAGCACAAUGCAUGCUGUUACAGAGAGAGCAGUCAAACUAUUGCAGGAUCUACUUACUACGGUUCUCCCCAGAAAUGUUUCAGUUCCGGUUGCUUUUAUUUAACUCUAUCUCCUAAAAGUAAGGUUACGAUUAAUUCUGAAAGUACAGUUCUUUGCUGUUUAGUUUCUUCCUCUGCCCCCUGUAGAAGGGCAAGAUUUUCAUGUCCAAAACCUUUGGUACUCCUCGCUGAAACUUGACUAUAUUUAAACAUUUCCUCCCCAAUUUGGAAGGAAAUUAAUCCCCAGCUGG